AUGUACGAGAUGGGAUGGAAUGUGAUGGUGCUUGACGACGCCAUACGCGAUCAGAUCACUACGGAUGUGAUCAUCCUUACGAAAGAAUUGAAAGAUGCUAAACGGUUGGCCGCUGAUUCCGUCUAUUGCAGAUCGCUGGCCGGUGCUACUACCUUGAACUGCGUAGUCGAGUAUCGUGACAUCGAUUGGAUGCCUGGCGUGGAACAGGAGGCGAAAGAAGUGGCUGCAUUCGAUGCUGUCCCGCCCAGUUCAAAGAACUACUGA